AGAUUGCAGGAUCUGAUUGGAGCAGCCGGCGAGCAACUGGGAUAAAUAGCGCUGCCGCCGGACGGACCCCAGAGCCCGGCAAGGAGCAGACUGCAGAUCCCGAUACAGUGACAAGAAUGACUGCUCAUCGGACUCAUGAUUCUCCUGAGAUAUGUACAGCCUGAAUGGACUGACUGCCUAAUAAACACUGAAUUGCCGACUGUCUAAAGGGCCCUUUACACAGGCUGAGAAUCCUAAAGAAAAGAACAUCCCGGCAGAUCCCAAUGAAGGUCCCGCUGCUCCUUGUGCUGGUCCUGUCUAUGGCUGUGGCUCAUGCACAAGUCUUAGACUGGCUAGAAGACACCGGCAGGAAAAUCAAGGACGGUGCCAGAUUUGUUAAAGAAGCCGGUCAAGGAUCCUGGGACAUGGCUCGAGCCUAUAAAGAUAUGAGAGAUGCCAACUGGAAGAAUUCCGACAAGUAUUUCCAUGCCCGGGGGAAUUACGAUGCCGCACAGAGAGGUUGUGGUGGAGAGUGGGCAGCCAGGAUUAUAAGUGAUGCAAGAGAAUCCAUGCAGUCGUCAAGCAGCGGAAGAGGGGCCGAGGACAGCGCUGCAGAUCAGAGAGCAAACGAGUGGGGGCGGAGCGGCCGGGACCCCAAUCACUACAGGCCUAAAGGUCUCCCUGACAAAUACUAGACCUGGACGCUGCAAUUCUAUGGCGGGAUAGUGUAAUUAAUGCCAAUUGUCUCAUCCACAAGUUGUAAUUAUUUCUGUAUUCACUAAUGAGAGCGCCCCCUAUAGGAAUAAAAGGUGCAUUAUCUUUA